AUGGCAUAUAACAACGGUGGGUAUCGGAAUAGACGAAUUAACGAGCAGGAUGUGCCUGAAUCGAAGCAUACGGUAUUCGUGCGCGGUUUAACUGGCGAUAUACAAACCGACGACAUCAAGUAUGUUUCUUUUAAAGAAUAUCUAUCGCCAAGAAUUGGACGCGUUACAUUCGAUUUUGUCAAAGUCACUCAAGAUCGCUCGAAAAUUUUUGUGGCGAUUCGCUUCGAGACCCGCGAUGAAGCUAGAGAAUUUAUGGAUAAGUAUAUGGAUCGCGAGUUUAUGGGAUGCCGUUGUGAGCUUACCUGGUUUCGCGAUAUUCGUAGAUACGCCGCAUAUCAAGCAGCAAAAAGUAUGAAACGAAAUGAGGGCGAGCGCCGUCGACGCCGUCGCUCGGAUUCCGAUGAAACGGGACGCGAGUCAUCGCCGCCGAGUCGCGCUCACACCAGAAGUCGCAGUCGUAGUCCAAGUCGUCGACGUAGCAGAAGCACGUCGCGCGGCUCGGAAUCGAAGCGUAGCCGAAGCAGAAGUCGUCAUGCAUCGCCAGCAAUGUCCGAUUCUGACGAUGAAAUCGAGCGCAAGAAAUCGCGUCGCUCGAAUUCCAGCGACGAUUACAGCCCGUCGAAUCGUCGACGAGGCGCUGACGUCAGCGAUAUUGCAGCGUCGCCGAUAUCGGAUCGUAGUCGUUCGCCGGCGGUCGGCCGAAAGCCGAUGGCGUGUUUGGUGAAGCGCGGCGAGACUCCGCCACUUCCACCGCCGCGCGAGCCGUCGCCAAUUCCGGUAGUUGCGCCGCCGCCACGACACCCGUCGCCAACACCCGUCGCUCCACCGCCGAAAGAGCCGUCGCCGAGCGGCUUCAUACCGCCACCGUCGGUCCAGGAAGAGGACUCGUUUGCGGCGAAGCCUUCGAUGAUUCCAAACAAAGAGAUCAAGUUCAAAUUGCGAGGAGUCGAUGAACUAAUGACACCGACCGCGUGCGCUGUGCAAAAUACCAAAAUUGUGGUUGGUUUGGAAACCGAUGAGCCGCCGAAAACUGUUGUCCGAGAGAAUAUGGCUCCGCCACCGCCACCAUCAUCAUGGGGUUUACAAGCGUCAACGCCUUCAGAAACAUCCACCUUGACAACUAGCACGUAUGCAUCAUAUCCGCUCGUCAGCGCGAAAUCCGAGCCCGAAUCACCAGCAGCGAAUCAUUCGCAGUUGAAUGGAUUUCGUGAUAGCGUCAAACGUUACCCGACCACGGACAAAAUGUUCGGACAUUUGAAGGAAUUCCAGUCGACACUCAUCAGUUCGGUGAAAUAUGAGCCAAAAGAAGAGAGUUUCGAAUCAUUGAACGCAUUGCGACUCUCAUCAUUAGCUAAUGAUGAGGACAUGGAAAGCCAAAGGAAUGCGGAGCGUGAGCGAAAACUUGCGGCUCUCAAUGAGGAGCAACAAUUGCGAUUCACAAUAAAGAAGAAGCAAUUCGAAUUGGCUUACAAAAGCGAUUGUCAGACGUACGCCAUCGUCACCAAAGCACUUCUGUCGAAAGACGAAUCGCUCGCCGGACCGAUCAAAGUCGCCCUCCUUGAGAACAUCGACGACCUCUAUCAGCAGUUCUUGAAGCGAAUCGAUGACUUUCUCGACACCCUUGCCGUUUAA